GUUUACUGUCUUUCAAUGGCAGCUCCUGCGUUAAUAGUAUGAAUUGAUCUCAAGUAUGGAUUACGCCAAACUUAGUAGCUAUCGACACGCCGAUCCUUUAAAAGUGCGUCAAGUUUGGGAUGCUUUUGGUGUACUUAAAUCCCACCGACUAGCAGUACCAGCAGACAAAAUUAGCAAAAUUCUUCGCAAAACAUUGGAUCUAAAAGAUGAUCAAAUAAGGUUACUCCUUGAUGAAAUUGAAGGUGAUGGAUUAAUUGAAAAAAUAGAGCCUCCGUUCGGUAAAAAUGGUAUGGUUCGUUACCAGCUUCCUGACUUUUCAAAACAGCAUCCUAGAGGCAAACAUGAUUGGUAUUGCUUCCAGUGCCAUAGACCUGGUGAAGUUUUACGCUGUCUUGAUUGUUUCCGUGUAUAUCAUUCUGAUUGUGUUCAAGAAGCAUCUGGUCCUAAUAGUCCAUCAAGAAAGUCUAUGCGUUCACCAACUCUUCAUGAUGGGCAGGAAGAUAAUUUUACUUGUCCUGUAUGCGAAUCUCGACCGAAAUGUGAAUUCUCCCGCAAGCAGAUAAGGAAGCUAUUGGAAUUUGCAACCCAUCAAUUGAGGAAGCAGCCAUUGUGGAAAACAUUUAUUCAAGUUGGGUAUAAAGGUGAAAUAACAAAAAAUGAGUACCUUGUGUAUAAGUACACUGAUCUAGAGUUAUUGCAACGCAAGAUAAAAGAUGGUCGGUAUGCUGCUUUAGAGGAAUUUUCUAUGGAUGUACAAUUGCUUGUUCAUGAUGUCUGCAUUCUUCAUGGCCCUUAUAGUAAUCAAGCCGAUGAGAUACGAUUUUUCUUUCGAUCUGUUAAUACAGAAUUAAAUGAAAUCCAAUUGUGUACUGACUGUUAUAUCAACGCUAAGGCUCGUGUUACAGACUGGAUUAGUAAACCCUGCAAACCACGUCAUGAAUUGAUAUGGGCACGCAAUCGCACAUCAGCAGGGGCUGGCUUGUUCAACGAUACUUCAGUCUCUCAAUUCUAUUGGCCUGCAAAAGUUUUGUUGGAACGCGAUGACGGAUAUGAGAUACGCUUCUUUGGAGGCUCCCAUGAGCGGAUGUUCGUAAAGAAAGCCCAUACUCGUGCUUUUCACCUCCCAGCUGAUGAAGUUGGUGUACUUCGACGUUCAAACGCGACAGGUGCGAUCUCAGGUGGAGGAUUUGAACGAGCUUGGAAUGAAGUUAGUAAAUUACAAGCUAACAUCGAUAGUGGAUAUUACACACAUUCUUCUGGUGAAAGCGAUCUUCCCCCUUCUGAUGAUGAUUACUCUGACGAAAUGUAUCUUGGUCCGCGGCGUAAAACCGUCAUCCAGAGCCAACGUUCACAUCGUGCAGAUAGUCCUAGAUCGUCUCUUACUUCUGGUAAUACCAAGGCUAACAAAAGGAGGCGUCACACUUCUUCAAGCAGUCAUCAAACGACUACUAGUGAUACUCCUACUGGUGGCUCACCCACUCGUGAUGUCUCACCAUGUACUCAUGGUGGCAAGCACUUCAGAACCCAUGGUCUCUUGCUUAAUUCACACACCGAUCUUACUGACAAAAAAUUGGCGAGUAAUCGUCUUCCAAUGCCGGUUGUUCAACCCGGUACUCCAGGCGCUGCAGCUAUAUCCGCCUUAGCAGAGACAAAAGCAGCUAUGGCAGCUGCAGUUGGGUCUGGUCGUAGGCCCGCUGGAUCAUUUACUGCUGACCUCUUAUCUUUAACUCAUCGUGAGCAUGAUAAACCUUAUCGAAAACAAUCAAAAGAAAAUCAUUCAAACGUUCCGAUACGUGGUCAACGGGGUCGAGGGAGACCCCCUCUCCGAGAUAGCAAGGGAAGACCUAUUCGGCAGCGUAAAUACCGAAGUUCGUCUUCAUCAUCCCAUUCUUCAGAUAGCCCAUCUUCAUCUGUUUCAUCAGGUUCCUUGUCAGGAGUAGAUGUUCCUCGCACCGCAAAUAAUAGUUCUCAAAACAACUGGUGUUCUAAUUCCUCUACUGAUUGGAAAGUUAAAAAGACUGAAAUGCCACGUCGUGGACGUCCACCUAAAUCUAGAGGUCGUGUAAAAGCUGUUAACGAUAUUGUUCGUUCAAGUUGGUGUUCACCAACAGCUGAGAGUUCAGAUGCUGAAGGCAAUUCAGAAUUGUGGACGAAAUCGGGUUCUUCAAAUGUUAUAAAACCUAGUCCAACUCGAGGACGACCGAAGUUAGCUGCCUCAAAUAGCUCUCUUAAUCGUAUUGAAGAUGCUAAGAGAAAACGGUUAACGAUUCCAAAUAAAAAUUCGACUCAAGAUACAGCGAAUUCCGGAGGUAAACGUUCUAAAAGGUAUUCCAAACAAAUGGAUAGUUUUGGUAAUGUUCGAGAUGAAGAUGACGAGCUAACUGACCGAUGUGAUUCUCCCAUUGGAAACGACAGUCAGAAUUUGAGGCACUCGAAUAACUAUCGUUGGCAUUCGCAUCAUUCAUCAAGUGUUUACAACACAUCGGGUACACCUGUUUCUUCAAUGAGAAAAUCUGGAACUAAUGAUUCGAGUAUCCAUAAAACAUCACCAUCUAAGAAGGCAUCUACUGCUAAACAGCGUUCUUCUCAUUCUAGCAAUUAUAGUACAUGCUCUUCACCCUCUUCUUCUGAUAUGGAUGACAACGAUGAAAGUGGACGCAGACAUCGUAAUAUUGUCAAAGUUGACGAUGAAGAUGAUGACCGUAGAUUCCGUAGUCCAACUCGUAGUGGUUCAAGCAACAAGGAUAGAACUUCUGGAGCAAGCAGUACAAUGUUACGUCGACCACCAUUCGCUCCUCCUUUGAGUACAUCUGGAUCCAUUAGUAAUUUGAACGCUACUAAUGAUCGAAACAGUCUAUCUACUGCUACAAACUUAUUUUCUAAUACUGGCCAAAAUCUUUUUUCUCCAUGCAAUGAUUCUGUUGUUACAAUAAAUUCUUCAGUGAAUUCAGGAACUUCAUCCACUAAUAACAGACUAAGUGGUUCCGUUCAUCCUACUACAUCUAAUGCUAAUCUUUCUUCACAUUUUAUAUCUUCAGGUGCCUUGUCUAGCAAUUCAAAUAAUGUUGCCACUACUCCCGGAAUGUCUACUCUCCCACGUUCACACUUGCCGCCAAAUAAACGUGCUGCUGCUGCAGCUACAGCAGCAGCUCUAAACAGAGACUCAGUUGGAGGAGGAGUAAAUGAUGUUUCAAAUGAAACUAAUCAACGUCAAGCUUCUGUGAAAAGUCCUGAACUUUCUGUGACAUCCUCUCCGAGAAAACAACUUCAUAAAGGAAUCCAGACCCCAGCCAGUAUGGAAAUACCGAUAUUAUCUCAACAACCAUGUUCACAGUGUAAAGAACGUGAAGCAGAACGGUUGGCUGCAGCUAAUGAUACUAAAAGAGCUUUGCGAGAACUCGAAGAAAAACUCAUAGCUCAAUUUAAAGAAGAGAAAGCUACCGCUUUACAUUCAGCUCUUGAACAAGCUCAAGCCAGUGCUCGUGAGGCUAUUGAACAUGAACGUAAAUUAGCUCAUGAUACUUUGGAAGCUGCUGAGGCAAGAUUUGCAGAAGUUAUUGUUCAGACUAAACGUCGACAGUGGUGUCGUAAUUGUCUUAUAGAGGCUAUCUAUCAUUGUUGUUGGAAUACUUCGUACUGUAGUACACAAUGCCAACAUGAGCAUUGGCAAAGAGAACAUAAAAGUCAGUGUCGUAGAAAACGAUGAUUUUCAAUCAUAUUCAUACCUUAUAUAUAUAUAUAUAUCAAUCUUGUAUAUAAUCUUGUUAUUUUGUCUAUUCCACAUACAUGUACAUUACUUUUACCCUUGUUAUAAUUAUAAUCAUUUUCGAUUAUCCUUUCUUAUUAUAUACAAAUUAAUUAAAUCGUAAUAAUUCAGCUUUAAAAAUAAAGUCGUACAUUGCAUAGCCACUAUUAAUAUACUCGUUUGUGUUUAUGUGUGUAUGAUCUAUUUUCAAUUUACUUUCUUUCUUCUAACUUGCGUUUACUUAAAAUUGUAGUCUGAUUGUGACUGCUUUUUUAUUCUUGUAUUAUAGUCGUUUUAAUUUCUUUUCUCAUCGUUAUAUUUAUUUAUUUAAAUAUAAGUUUUCAUGUGUUGUACAGUACUAUCUAUUCAUUUGUAUAAGAUUGAUGUGUAGAAUACACCUAUUUUCAAUUAUCUUCUAUUAGACAUCACUGAUACAUAUCAAAUACAAUGAAGUUUUCAAGAGUUUCUUAAUAAUUUAAUCAUAAUUUUUCAUUAUCUUAAUUGUUAAACUUUUGUCCUUUAUUCAAUCUGAAUUAAGUUAUUUCUUUUUCAAAAAUGACACUUUCUACACAUUUCAGCGGGCGUCGUAUUGUAUUGUUCACUUCUGAUAAAUACUGGUGUUUCACUUCUAUACAAAUAUACAUAUAUAUUGAUCAA